AUGUUUUUAUUCGAAGAUCCAUCAUUUUAUCAACAAAGAUCCAAUCAAAGAUAUAGACAAAGAAGACAACAGUCUAUUAUGAAGAUCCAUAUCAUUCAAGAUAUUACGAGGAGGAAGAUGAAGAAGAUUAGUACCAAUUGUACUUGGCAGCAACAAUAUCAACAAUACCAACAACAAUUCAAUCAACAACAACAACGACAAAAACAACAACAAGUUAACUUUACACCAAAAUAUAAAAUUAAUGAAAUUGAUGGUGUUGUUGUUAUCAGUAUGGAAAUACCCGGUUUCAAGAAGGAAGACAUCAAUAUUGCAGUACAAGAUUUAACAUUGAUUCUCUCUGGAACCAAGAGUCCUGCAGAAGAAAUUGAAGAUCAAGAGAUUGAUUUUAUUAACUCAACAUCAUCUCCUAUCCCAUCUACUCGUAAGCCAACCGUAAAGAAACAGCCACUCGUCACACCAAAAAAAAUCGAGAGUUUCAGCCAAUCAUUUGAACUCUCAAAGAAUUUAGAUUUGCAUUCUAUCACUGCCAAACAUCAAGAUGAUGAUGGUGAUAAUGAUCAAGAUCAAGAUCAAGUCUAA